UAACAUUUGUCAUUCAAGUGAUUGAUUAUCGAUAUAGAUUUAAAUAAAUUGUAUUUAUUUAGAAUUUCGAAUUAAAUUUUUUAUUAGGUUAUCCUAAAAUCCUGUGAUGUAGCUUGUAUAACAUGACAUAUAUUUAUAUAGCACACACACAACUAUCCCAAUGUCAGCUCAUGCUCGCAGUCGCUGGCUUGACUUUGUAGUCAUGUAUGUAAAGUGUAAGUGAGUGGCCUACAGACCUACUUUUCCAAAACGUUCAUUUUUAUAUAACACAUAAUAUUUUUGUAAAGGACCUUGGCACAAAAAACUUCAUAAUACAUCUGUAGUUGUAUCAAAGAGCUGGAUUUAAUGAACAAAGUGCGUGGUGUUUAUAAUUGUGUGAAAUAUGCAUGAGGAGGCUAAAGGAAUGAGCGUUCCGAACUCUGUCGCCAGUUCCACAAGUCAGCAAGACGCUGGGGCUGCGGUGACGGUAGCCUCCGAUGAGACCUCGAUAUCGGCCGUAGAUCCCCUUUUGGGAGACGGGGUCCCGGACCAGGCAGACUUAGAAAUAAAAAUGGCAUUCGAGGAGAGCUCGACAGGUGGGGCAGUUGUGAUUAUUACCAAAGAUGAAAGCGAUGGAGCUGCUGGUUUCCCGAUGGAGGGCGCGGGUUCUGGUAGCGGCCCGCCUGGAUACAUGGGCCUGCUGCCUGGAACGCCGGCCACCACUGCGCAAUGCGAUCAGACGGAAAUGAAAGACGUCAUCGAGGAGUUAUGUCCCGUAUGCGGUGACAAAGUAUCGGGAUACCAUUACGGUCUCCUAACAUGUGAAUCCUGUAAAGGGUUCUUCAAGCGAACUGUACAAAACAAAAAGGUCUACACGUGCGUUGCAGAACGCAGUUGUCAUAUCGACAAAACGCAAAGGAAAAGGUGUCCGUUCUGUAGGUUCCAGAAAUGCCUUGAAGUCGGCAUGAAACUUGAAGCCGUCCGAGCAGAUCGUAUGCGAGGUGGUCGAAAUAAAUUUGGGCCAAUGUACAAACGAGAUAGGGCCCGAAAACUACAGAUAAUGAGGCAACGACAGCUUGCGAUACAAGCGAUCAGAGGAUCAUUAGGAGGCCCAGGAGAUGUUUACGGCCAAGGAAGUACAUCACCUUAUGCAAACCUGCACAUCAAACAAGAAAUACAAAUACCACAGGUGUCCUCAUUAACGUCAUCUCCCGAUUCAUCACCCAGUCCCAUCGCGGUCGCCCUCGGUCAGGUCGGGCAGACGACGAUAACGGCCGCGCCGAACAUCGGCGGUAUAGGACCUCCAUCCACGACCCACCACCACAAUAACAGUGGAGCACCUGCCGGCAGCACGCCUCAACAGCCAACGAGCGCCUCUCAAUCCGAUUCAAAACACUGGAAUGCGGCGAAUUCGACGACGCAUUCACUCUCACCUAAACAGUACUCAUAUGACCCACCUGCAGCAGGAACAGAAUCCGCCAAUUCAACGACGGAACCUCUCCGAGUAUCACCUAUGAUUAGGGAAUUUGUACAAUCGGUCGAUGAUCGAGAAUGGCAGAAUUCACUGUAUGGACUUCUACAAAACCAAACUUAUAAUCAAUGUGAAGUUGAUUUGUUUGAGCUGAUGUGCAAGGUGUUAGACCAGAAUUUAUUCUCGCAAGUCGAUUGGGCGAGGAAUACGGUGUUCUUUAAAGAUCUCAAGGUGGACGAUCAGAUGAAACUGCUGCAACACUCGUGGUCCGAUAUGUUAGUCCUGGACCACAUGCACCAGCGCAUGCACAACUCCCUGCCGGACGAGAUGUCACUGCCUAAUGGACAGAAGUUCGAUCUUCUCUGCCUUGGGCUACUGGGCGUUCCGGCACUGGCAGCGCCCUUCAACGAAUUACAAGCCAAACUGCAUGAACUUAAAUUUGACGUCGGAGAUUACAUUUGCGUCAAAUUCCUGCUUCUCCUCAAUCCUGAUGUCCGCGGUAUAACGAACAGGAAGCAUGUGGUGGAAGGUUACGAGACUGUUCAAGCAGCCCUACUAGACUACACAUUGACAUGUUAUCCAUCUGUAACGGAUAAAUUCACAAAAUUGGUUUCGAUGGUACCUGAAAUUCAUGCGAUGGCCACCAUGGGCGAGGAUCACCUGUACCUGAAACAUUGCGCUGGCAGCGCGCCCACGCAGACGCUGCUCAUGGAAAUGUUACAUGCGAAACGAAAAUGAGGCGUUUCUCAUCUGACAUCCGACUCUGUCGGACAUGGACAAGUUCUGCAGGAGUGAUUGUCAACCCAAUUCGCCCAUUAAGCGCCAUUCGAUGGGCGUCCUUAAAAGCGGAUUGAGGUAUUUGGCUAAACUGCAUAAAUGUAAAUAAAUUUACUCGAAUCCCGAUACAGAAGAGCCCCAGUGUUGUGUUCAAGAAAACAGAAAAUCUAACUAAACCGUAAUUAUGAUAUGACAAAUUAAUGUUAUGUGUAAAGAAUAAAAAUAAAUCGCGGGCGCGAUCAGGACCACGCGGUCGGUAUAUUAUGUUGUGUGAACUAAAGGACAGUUUAAAGACAUUUUCGGACUAGUUUCUUUAAUUAGUAGGUUCAUUAAUUUAUAGGUUUCCAGUGUAUGUUAAUAUAUAAUAGAUAACACUAGAUUAAGUAAGGAGGCACUUAUUUUUUUAUUAACAAUGGUUACCAAACUGCUCAGUGUAAAACACCUUAAAACAGCGUCGAACAAAAAUUAACUUAUGUCUGCCUAAUUCCUAUCUGUUAAUUUAUUGUUACAAUGCGCUGGAACAAGAGAUAUAUAAUGUUACCAAGAGUGUGUAUAGUCCACGUUGUUGUACGUGACAUUUAU